UUCAACAAGCUGCCCGCCGACCCCGCAAAAGCACUGAUGGUCAUAAAACACCGUGCGGUCCCGCUCGACCCCAAGGACAAGUCAUCCGCACUCGCGCCCAGCGAGCGCUUCAUUUUCAGAGCAGAAGACAAGGUGUUCUGGACGCGAAAAAAUGUUGGAGCGGGGCGUGUCGCUGACUUGAUCGCAACACAGCUCAAGCGAAGUUCUACAAAGGCACUCUUUCUCGCGAAAGAGUCUGGUGACCGAUGUCAGAACGAUUUGUCGCUUUCGAGCCAGCUUGUCGAAGGGGGGCUGGUCACGCUUUGUGAGGAAGACAUUUAA